CAUCACUUCUACAAUCUUAUCAGCCGUAGAUUGAAAGUAAUAGACAUUUACUCGAAUUUACAUCACCUUACGGAAUCUAGAUCACUUCUGAACCAUACACUUCCACCGCUUUCCACGACAGGCUCUUGUUGAAGUGACGCGGGUUUUCAAGGGUGUUUUUUGCGGUUCCAGUGGCAGAUUAAAGAGAUCUCUGUACCACUGACCGGUGAAGCAAUGGUGGCAGCGGCGUGGAUGUGCGUGAAGGCCAAUGACGUGUACAUAACUCACUUGAUGGCCUUCGGCAGCACCUCACCAGAGUACAUUGAGCUCGAGGCAACACUGAAGUCCCUCACCAACGCGACAGAACCCGGAAAGUAUCUCCACAACAAGCUAAGGAUCUCCACAUGUCCCAAGUGGCAGUGCAGUGACGGUCUAGAGCCAAGGAAAUUUUCCUCGGAGUGUUUCAAUUACCGCAUGUACGUUACCUGUCACAGAGAACCCCAACAUGCCUGCCUCAGAGACACCUGCCCCGAAAACAUGUGCAUCCUGGGCUACCUGCACCGGGAGUCCUGUGACUGCGCUCAAUCUGGCGGGAAACACAAUAACAUCACGUGGACUUUUUUAAAUAACACCAUGGAGAUUUGCCACAACGAACCGAUACCUUCAUACAACGAAGCGAAAGAGCUCCCUGAUAACAUUGUAGAUGUGGUGACCAUACACAUCCCGAUGUGCAAGAAGAAGAUCCCCAUACAAGUGUGCCGGCCGAGAGAAUGCGACCAGAAUCACAAGACUUUCAACUUCCCCACGGAUACCCUGAAGAGAGAGCACAUUGGCGGGGUCACCUUACUCUGGCAAGACGAAAAAUGUGAGUGUAAAAGAGGAGACCAGAAUUUUGACAGAAAUGUUGAGAGCUUUACAGUUCUUGUUCAGUCUUCUGGACACGAGAAGAAUGUCACGCUGAAAGAAGUGAGGGAAUUGCUGAUGAAAGAGAUCCGGUGUCCGGAAGAUGGGAGGGAGACGACUGGGACACAACAGACAGAAGUGCAAGAAAGGAAGGAAGACGAUGUAAAGACAGGAGACACGCUAAACACAGGGCAAAGUGAAACACCAACAAACGAAACACAAACACCGACAUACACGAACCAAACAAACCGAGCAGCGACAAAAAAGGUGGAAGAUGAAACAAAAACAACACAAGAUGAGCGAAUAAACACAGACAGAGGGGAAACCACGACAAAUGAAAGCCAGGACGAGAAAAUAAAAGGAGAAACUGACUUAGUGGGAACCUUCUUCUCAACACCAGAGUUAUCAUCAUCUUCUGCACUUAAAAUCCCUCUCACUCUCAUCGCCGUCGUCACCACCAUCACCGCCGUGGUGGUAAGGAUGAAUGCACCGUGCCUCAUCAUUUUUUCCUCCGUUACUUGAGAGAUGAGUGACGCAUCAAAACAUGGCAAUAUUUUUGUUACUUUUUUUGUCUUAUUGUAAGUUAUACUGAUUUUUGCUCAAAACGUGACUACUCCUACUACUACUACUACUACUUGUAUUGUCAAGGAAGAAGAAGAAAGAAGAAAAAGAAGAAAGAAAACAAAACAAGGAGGAAGAAAGAAGAGAAGAAGAUAGAAUAAGUAAGAAGAAGAACAAAUGAAGAAGAUGAAAGAAGCAGGGAGAAUAACAAGCGGUCACACUACUCAGGAAAGACGAAGCAAUUACCACCUGAUAUCGAGGGAGCCGAGAAAACACACAUGGACACUGGCCCUACGGAAUCCUCAAGAGGAAGACGACCCGUAAACCCAGGGAAGGCAGUCUGUGUCAAAGAGGGCUUAACGGAAAUGAUGUAGGGGGACAAGCCAGAGACAGUGACAGAAAAUGAAAUAAGGUCAGGAAGGACAAGUAAGCCUAUAAAAAAUACGUAUGCCUACUUAGAGCUCAAAGCCGCCCUACCCUUUGUUAUGAAAAUAAAGAUAAGGAUUGUAUUUUAUAGCGUGUAAGAGUGGAUUAAUUCAAUAGCAGGGACUAGCACACACAGGGAGAGAGGGCUUGCCUGAACAGAAAGGGGGUUGACAUAGACGGAACAAAUUAAAAGUGGGUGGAGCUUGAAGGAGUAAUGCAGUCAGUGAACCACUUAUCUCAUGCAAGGAGGAGAGGGUGUUGAAUAUUGGUGGUGUAUGUUAGUAUGACAGGUAUGUAUGGCGUGCGAAGAUUUACCCAGUGAUGAAAUGCUUGUAGUAACUGAUGUGAUGCUGAUAUGAGUGUUUUUAUAAUUAAACAUUACUUGUGUUGACUGAACUCUUGUUGUCUUUACGCAUUAGAUGUUGUGUGUGUUCUGCUCGACCAUUGACUUUAUCAGUGAGUGUGUUGAAGAGAAGCAAAGUGACACCAGGACCUUUCACUGCCACAAGGCACUGCACCAGGGGGAAAAUUACACGUACUGCUGUGUGUGUGUGUGUGUGUGUGUGUGUGUGUGCGGCAGUGCCUCCUCCCUAGCUACGAUGACGCCCUGACCACCCUGAUUCUGGCCAGGCUGUCGCCAGACACCGAGAAGCCCUGGAGUAGUUUGGGAAGGGCGUGGUGCGCCGCCACCCACGCCUACGCCACAUGCUGCGGCCCGACGCGCCUCACCCGGUCCGUGCCACGCGACACCACAACCUGAUAACGCCCCUAAAGGCGCCGCGCACGGACCGAUACCGCCUCAGCGCGAUUCCCACCAUGGUGUGUCACAUUAACAGUUACUUCAUAUUUGUAGAUUAACCUUCUGUUUCAUGUUAAGCCUCCCCCCAAACCAUUGUGUAUUUUAGCUACAAAUACUGUCUUAUCAAUAAACCGUUUAUUAUUAUUA